AUGCAGGUUGCAUACCGCUGCGGACGUUACUCGGAAGCAUCAGAGAUGUAUAGGAAGUUGCGCACAGUUAACGAUGCUGAAAUCAACCAAGUCAUUCUUGUCCAUGGCAUCAAGAUCUUCGGGAAACUGCAUGAUGCAGACAGAGUCGAGGCCAUUUGGCCGGAGGUUCUUUCAAAAGGGUGGAUGGACACAUUUCCGGCGACUGCACGGAUAGAUGCUGCGUCUGAAAUGGACGACAUCAGGGCGGCUGCAUCAGUGCUCGACUAUCUGCAGGAUGCAAGCUUGCCGUCCGAUGAGCCCGAUGUCAGUGUCAGUCACUUCUCGUCUGCCAUCAAUGCAUGCAAGAACUCCGAUGAGAACCUCAGUUGCAUGGCAGCCAAUGUCCUUCUGAACAGGACGAUUGAAGAAGGCUUGCAGCCCAACUUCGUGACCUUUACUAGCUUCGCCGCAGCUCACAGUUCUGGCUCCUCUGAGACCAAGCGCGUGCUAUCCAUACUGGCUGAGCAAAAGGUGAUUCCUAAUAGCCUGUUUGUGGAGUCCUUCUUGGGGGCUAUAUUCCAAGGUCGCCUCCGCGAUGUUUGGAGCGUGUCGGACGUGGCAGAGCGCAUUCAGGGCACCAGCCCCGACCGAGUGCAGUUUGCGCUUGACUUUCUGGAUGAUGUAGAAGCCCAAGGAGUCGAUUUCAGUCGAUUAACUUUGUUGACGCAUAAAUGCCUUCGGCGGCGUGCUUGA